AUGGUGAAGGUUUGGCUUGCUGAAUCUGGAUUUGUUUGUAUGCCGCGUUCAUUUGGUCUGGAGAAGUAUGUGAAGGAAAUAUUAGAUGACUUCGUGAGUGAUCCAUUGAAGCGCUCAAAAUGCCAUUUGGUAUUUCUUGGAGAAGUGUUGGCAGAGAACAUCAGAUUAAGCGAUGUGAAGAAUAUGAAAGAUAAGUACACACUACAUGUGAUGAUCCGUUCCACAUUAGAUCCUAUGCCGAAGUUACAGCUGGAUAGCAAGAAAUUGCUGGAAUGUCGAGAAAAAUUUCAGUUCCUGCGUGCUUCCAAACGCAGUCGUGAGAAGGGAAGUUUUUCAUUUUUUCCGUUUUCGUUUGCGAUAAAUUCAUUUAUUCCUUCAUUUGUUCCACGUAAUGAGUUUUGA